GCCGCCCCCUGCCGGCCUCCCCUGCUCCCCGCAGCCCGAGCCCGGGAGUGGGUCGCUGGCGGCGGCCAUGAUCUCCGCCCCACUCCUCCGCCGCUGCUGCUGCCUGCUGUCCCGCCGGGCCGGGCCGAACCGAGCCGCCUGGACUCGCAGGACUGUGUUUCUGAGAGGGGGCCCGGCCAUGGCCACAGGAGGGAAAAGCAGCCGACCUAGCAUCCAUCGUUACACCAACCGUCUGAUUAACGAGAAGUCUCCCUACCUCCUCCAGCAUGCCCACAAUCCGGUGGACUGGUACCCAUGGGGCCAGGAAGCCUUUGAUAAAGCAAAGAAAGAAAACAAGCUGAUAUUUCUGUCAGUCGGCUAUUCCACCUGCCACUGGUGCCACGUGAUGGAGCAGGAGUCCUUCAAGAACAAAGAGAUCGGCAAGAUUCUGAACGACAACUUUGUGUGCAUAAAAGUGGAUCGUGAAGAGAGGCCAGAUGUGGAUAAAGUUUACAUGACCUUUGUGCAGGCUACCAGCAGUGGAGGGGGCUGGCCAAUGAGUGUGUGGCUGACGCCUGACCUCAAACCCUUCAUAGGUGGGACGUAUUUCCCUCCUGAAGACGGAAUUUACCAAGUCGGCUUUCGAACAGUGCUGCUCCGAAUUGCCGAUCAGUGGAAGCGGAACAAAAAUGCCCUUUUGGAGAAUAGCCAGAGGAUUAUGUCAGCGCUGCUGGCCAGGGCUGAGAUCGGCAUCAAAGGGGAAGAUUCCCCCCCACCUUUUCCAGAGGUGAUGGCCAGGUGUUUCCAGCAGCUGUCUGAAUCAUAUGAUGAGGAAUACGGCGGCUUUUCAGAGUUUCCAAAGUUCCCCACGCCAGUCAAUUUAAAUUUCCUGUUCACAUACUGGGCCCUACACCGGGCAUCCCCUGACGGUGCACGGGCCUUGCAGAUGGCGCUGCACACUCUCAAGAUGAUGGCCUAUGGUGGGAUUCAUGAUCACAUUGGUCAGGGAUUCCACCGCUACUCCACCGACCAGAGAUGGCACGUUCCUCACUUUGAGAAGAUGCUGUAUGAUCAGGGGCAGCUAGCCGUGGCCUAUGCCAGGGCGUUUCAGAUUUCUGGCGAUGACUUCUUUGCAGAUGUUGCUGCGGACGUUCUGCUCUAUGUCUCCCGAGAUCUGAGUGACAGGGCUGGAGGAUUCUACAGCGCAGAGGACGCAGACUCCUACCCGACAGCCAAGUCCAAAGAGAAGCGGGAGGGGGCGUUCUGCGUGUGGACGGCGGAGGAAAUACGGCGCCUCCUUCCAGAGCCUGUGGAGGGGGCCUCAGAGAGGAAGACUGUGGCAGAUGUGUUCAUGCAUCACUAUGGGGUGAAGGAAGGUGGGAACGUGAGCCCAGCGAAGGACCCACACAAGGAGCUGAGGGGGCAGAACGUGCUGAUUGUGCAGUAUUCCCUGGAGCUGACGGCAGCCAGGUUCGGGCUGGGCCUGGAACAGCUCAAGACGACGCUGGCGAAGAGCAGAGAGCGUCUCUGCGAAGCCCGGGGUCACCGACCGCGCCCGCAUCUGGACACCAAGAUGCUGGCGUCCUGGAACGGCCUGAUGAUCUCGGGCUUCGCUCAGAGCGGGGCGAUCCUCGGCAAGGAGGAGUACGUCAGCCGGGCCGGGCGGGCAGCUGACUUCCUGCGAGGCCACCUGUUCGAUGUCAGCAGCGGCAGGCUGCUGCGGAGCUGCUACCGGGGCAAAGGCAGCUCGGUGGAGCAGAGCGCUGUUCCCAUUCAGGGCUUCCUGGAGGAUUAUGUCUUUGUGAUCCAGGCGCUCUUUGACCUUUACGAGGCCUCGCUGAACCAGGGCUGGCUGGAGUGGGCCGUGCAGCUCCAGCGCAAACAAGACGAGCUCUUCUGGGACGCCAAAGGCUUUGCGUAUUUCUCCAGCGAGGCCGGGGACUCCUCUCUGCUCCUCCGCUUGAAGGAUGAUCAAGAUGGCGUGGAGCCCAGCGCCAACUCCGUGGCCGUUGCUAACCUGCUCAGGGCAGCCUGUUACUCUGGCAAUAUGGAGUGGGUGGAGAAAGCUGGGCAGAUCCUGGCUGCCUUCUCGGAGAGGCUGCUGAAGAUCCCUGUGGCCCUGCCAGAGAUGGCCCGAGCCACUGUGGCCUUUCACCGCACUCUCAAACAGGUUGUUAUCUGCGGCGCCCCAGAAGGAGAAGAUACUAAAGAUCUGCUCCGCUGUGUCCACUCCGUCUUCGCUCCAAACAAGGUGCUGAUGCUGGCGGACGGGGACAGCGCUGGAUUCCUGUACCACCACUUGCCCUUCCUCUCCUCCCUGGAGAGGAAAGACGGAAAAGCCACUGCUUAUCUCUGUGAAAACUUUGCCUGUUCCCUGCCCGUCACCUCCUCCCAGGAGCUGCGCAGGCUGCUGCUGCUGUGAGCUGUCACCCCGUGGCCUCGCCGUGCACCCUGCUGUCUUGGCAAAGGUGAAAGAAAAUAGACUAACGAGAAAGUGGCGGCGACUGUGCACGGAUGCAGCGCAGAACUCUGCAAUAAAGUCACCUUUUGCCCAA